AUGUCGACAACUGUCGCCUCGCCUCCGCCGCAUUCGAGUCCUCAUGCACAUCUAGAGCUGCUGUCUUCUACGGCAAUCCUGAAGAAAGUAAUGGAUACCAAGGUAUCGGAGUGGAAGCAGCAACAACUACAGUUGCAGAUGCAGAGUCCAUCUACUUCUCCAAAGAAGUCAGAAGAAUCGACUGUUCCGUCUGCUACGUUGACACCCAUCAAGUCGACGGUACCACCCAUGAUGAUGGAGACAACGUCCCCCAAGGAAGCAACCGCACAGCCUCUGCCACCCAGAGGUGAUCCACUGGACGGCCCCAAGGUUCCCAAUCUGAUGGCCGAAAAAUCUAGCUCCACGCAAGCAGCACCGGUUCCCCCAGGUCCUACAACGGUGAGCCCCAUCUUUAUGGAUGGUCGUUUGGCAUACCGAUAUGCCGUUCCAACGUCCUAUGGGAGUCUCUUGUUGGCACCUCCCCCGGCAGCACAAGCAGCUCCUCAUCACAUGAUGCAGCAUCACCACCCCCAUUUGCUUGCGUUGGCAACCAACCCAAUGGCAGCAGCUCACAUGAUGGCGGCUGGAAGCAAGGUGUUGGUGUAUGGAGGUGGUCCCUCGUCGGCCUUUCAAAAGCCCUUGGUCAUUAUGAAGGAAGCGGCUCCAGAUGCACGUCAGACAAGUCCUACCACGGCUGCUUCCGGCAACCAGCAGCAGGCGGCUGGAGAACGAGAAACUACUCCGGCGACGCCCUCGACGGCAGCCUACGAGGCGCUCAUCCAGGAGAACCUUCGUCUUCAGCAGCAGAUGGCGCAAAAGGACGACUUGAUUGCCACCCUCCAAUCCAAGGCGGAUGGAUUGGAGACACAGAUUGGAGAGCUUCGUCAGCUUCCGACUGGAAAGAUUUCCCACAUUCCUCUGGAGGACAUGAUCCGCAUUAUGCAGACGUACGGGUCCGAAGUCUCCAACCAGACGUUGCCCAAGCGCAAACAACCCAUUCAGAAGGCUUCCAUUGUCCGUCAAUUUCGGCGUUGGAAUCCAGAAUUCUUUCGAUUCUUUGUCCAUGUCAAUGGAGAAUGGGUCCCUCGUUUGGGCAAGGAAGGGGAGCUCAAGCGUCGUGCGGAAAAGCGUCGCGCCGUUAUGAAGACCAAGAGGGCAGGAAGUCCGGAUAGUACCACGAGCCAUCAUUAG